AUGGAACCUCAGGAAUUUGAUUCUGAGGACAAAGGGAUAUUAAGCUGGGAUAUUAAUGAUAUAAAACUUCCACAGGAUGUGAAAAAGACUGACUGGUUCCAAGAAUGGCCGGAUUCCUACGAGAAGUUCAUCUACAGCGCAGAGGACAGGAACGCGCAGAGGCACCUGAGCAGCUGGGCCAUGCGCAACACCAACAACCACAACUCACGCAUCCUCAAGAAGUCCUGCCUGGGCGUGGUGGUGUGCAGCCGGGACUGCUCCACCAGGGAGGGCCGCAAGAUCUACCUGAGACCUGCCAUCUGUGACAAAGCCCGGCAGAAGCAGCAGAGGAAACGCUGCCCCAACUGCGACAGCCCUCUGAAGCUACUUGCUUGCCGAGGCCACGGGGGCUUCCCAGUCACCAACUUCUGGAGGCACGAUGGACGCUUCAUAUUUUUCCAGUCAAAGGGAGAACAUGAUCAUCCAAAACCUGAAACCAAAUUGGAAGCCGAGGCAAGAAGAACAAUGAAGAAAGUGCACACUCCAUCUUCCUCCACCCUGAAGCUGAACAGGGACCCAGAGGCAAAGUCUGUUCCAGCAGAAACACAGAGUUGGGGGAAUUUACCUUUAGCUUGGUCUUUCCAGGAAGGCGUCCAGUUGCCUGCUAGUGACAGUGGACAUUUAAUGGCUAACACCCCCCUGCAGAAGUCACCGAAUGACGGCUUGUUUAAGAGUUACAGUUUGGGGGCAACCACUGACCUGGCAGACCCCGCUGCUCCCAUGUGCCCCACUGAGCUCUAUGAGAAGUGCAAAGUGCCCAGCAGCCGGAUCUACAGCGGUGGAGACCCGCUUCAGCCUUCUGUCUCUGGAGUCCUCCCUGACUACAGUGAUCUGCAGAUGUGGAAUAAAAACGCUGCUUUGGGGAGAAAUCCUUUCAACGACAGCAGUUGCCCCAGUUACCCUUUUCCUCAGACCAGCUGGUCUUACGACUUCUCCCCUUCCCAGAGCUCUUUAGAACCCCUUUCCCAGCAGAUGCCAGUGGAACCCCCUGCAGCCAAAACGAGCUCUCAUCCAUCAUGGCAAAAUCCAGGGGCUGAUCUUUAUGAAGAGAAGGUGCAUGUUGAUCUUAACAGCUACUACCCUUCCAGCACGGGCCACCCACCGCAGGAAGACCCCUUUCUCUUUACCUACACCUCUUACCCGCACCACCAGUACUCGCUGCCGGGCAAGAACAGCAAGUGGAAUUUUGAUGAAGAAAUGAGGUAUGUGGGUUUGGAGCACUACAACAAUGAAAUGCUUCUGAAUCUCUGUCCCUUAAGAUGAUCUGUCUCUGAACCCUUCUACUAACGAAGUAGAUCUAUUUCUCCUGACCCUUCUAUCGUUAGUAGAAAUGUGAUUUGGUGCAUUCAUCAUGGAGAACAGUAUGGAGGUCUCUCAAAAAAAUUCACAGAAGCACUACCCUAUGACCCGGCAGUCCCACUGCUGGGUUUAUGUCUGAAGCAAACAGCAUCACUGUGCCACAGGGAUUGCCAGCACCCCCACGACUGCCGCACCAUUAUUUACAAUAGCCCAGACAUGGAAACGUGCCCACGACGGGUGAGUGGAUGAAGAAGUCAUCGUGUGUGUAGAUAAACAAUGGAACACUAUUUAGCCAUAAAAAAGAAGGAAAUCCUACCAUUGGUGACAGCAUGGAUGGACCGUGAAGGCAUUGUGCUGAAUGACAUAAAUCAGACAAAGAAAGAUUCACUUACAUGAGGAAUCUGAAAGAGGAAACCCAAAUUCUAGAAUCUGGGAUCAGAUUUAUGGGGUCCAGAGGCAGAUGGUGGGGGGCAGGGUAACUGGGCAAGUGUACAUACGACUUCUGGAUGAAAGCCUAAACUCAGAUGUAUGUUUUGUAAAGACUGUUUCCCAGUUUUUGUAUCCUCUUUA